AUGUCUCGGUCACUCCUCCCUGGGGCUCGGAAGUUCGUCCCCACAGGAGCUAAUGACACUCCGCUUCCGAACUACGUUCCCGGCCUUGGCCGUGGAGCCACUGCCUUUACCACGAGAGCAGAGACUGCUCCUGCCCCUGUGGCAUCCAGUGCGAAACUCAGAGAAAUACGAGACGCAGCAUCCCGUGCAGAGAGCCAAAAACGAGCUGCUGAACUUUUUGGAAAGCCGCCUCCAGGCUACAUUCCCGGCAGAGGCCGUGGCGCAACAGGCUUUGCUGGAGGUGUGAGUCGUGAUGACUCUAUUGAUUACACUCAAGGAGCCGCAGACAAGAGCGACUUGAGCGACGCGAACUUCGACCCCUUCACAGGAUAUGCAGAGAAUCUCUUCAAUGAUGGAGAGUACGAUGAGGAGGACAGAGUGGCCGAUGAAGUUUAUGAGUCUAUAGAUCAUCGGAUGGAUGGAAGACGCAGGUCGCGUAGGGAGGCCCGACUGAAGGAGGAAAUUGCCAAGAUGCGCGCGGAGAAGCCAACAAUUCAUCAGCAGUUCGCUGACCUCAAAAAGGGAUUGGCUACUGUCACGCAGGAGGAGUGGGAGUCCAUCCCAGAUAUUGGGGACUACACACUAAAAAGAAAGCAAAAGAAGCAACAAAUACUAACUCCUGCCUCUGACAGAGGGAUUCUCGAGGCUCGCAAUCGCGAGUCUUUCUCUAAUUCGAUUGCGUCGGCAGGAACUGCCACUCCUAUCGGUUUUGGGAUGGCAACACCCCUCAUGGGAGGUGGCCUGUCGACGCCCCUUGGGCUACAAACUCCACUGGGAAUUCAAACACCACUCGGUCUGCGGACUCCCAUGGGGAGCAGCACACCAUCUCUAAACGACCUAGGGGAGGCCCGUGGAACAGUACUCUCAGUCAAACUUGAUAAAGUCAUGGACAGUAUUUCAGGCCAAACUGUCAUCGACCCGAAAGGAUACCUUACAGACCUUAACUCUAUGCAGCUUCAAAGCGAUGCGGAUAUUGCAGAUAUCAAAAAGGCAAGAACUUUGCUGAAGUCGGUGACAUCUACCAACCCCAAUCAUGCCCCGGGCUGGAUUGCGGCUGCGCGUUUGGAAGAGCUGGCAGGAAAGCUGCAGUCAGCACGCGAACUGAUAUCUCUUGGGUGCCAGCGGUGCCCAAAAAGCGAAGACGUUUGGUUGGAGGCCGCCAGGCUCGAGAAGCCCCGCAACGCUAAGGCAGUCCUUGCGAAAGCAGUAUCUGUGCUUCCCCAUUCGGUACGCUUGUGGCUGGAUGCAUACAACAGGGAAAAAGACAUAACUGACAAACGCCUGGUUCUGCGAAAGGCUCUGGAAUUUAUUCCAAAUUCUGCCCGACUGUGGAAAGAAGCGUGUAGCUUAGAAGACGAACGGAACGCUCGGAUUCUCCUGACCCGAGCUGUUGAAUGCGUCCCGCAGUCCCACGAAAUGUGGUUGGCUCUCGCCAGGCUUAGCACUUAUGAGGAGGCUCAAAAGGUUUUAAAUGAAGCGCGCAAAAAGUGCCCAACCUCGCCUGAGAUAUGGGUAGCUGCAUGCAAGCUGGAGGAAACUCAAGGAAACGAAAAGAUGGUGCAGGUUAUUAUUGGGAGAGCUGUUGACAACUUAAUAGGCCGUGGCGUUGCCCAGACAAGAGAUGUCUGGCUAAAGCUCGCAGAAGAAGCUGAGGCUUCUGGAUUCCUGAAGACAGCUCAAGCCAUUAUACGGGCAACCAUGAAAGUUGGGGUCGAGAACAUCAACGCAAAGCGUGUGUGGAGCGAGGACGCAGAGGAAUGCUUGAGCAGAGGCUCCAUAACUGUGGCACGGGCUUUGUAUACUCACGCCCUUGAGCGUCUUAGGACGAAGAAGAGUCUAUGGCUAGCUCUUGCGGACCUUGAGACAAAGCACGGUACCCGGGAAGCUCUAGAAAAAGUCCUUCAAAAAGCAGUUACAUGCUGCCCGAAGGCAGAUGUCUUGUGGCUGAUGGCGGCAAAGCAACAGUGGCUAAAGGGGGAUAUCAAUGCUGCGCGGCGCAUCUUGGCGGAAGCAUUUUCUCACAAUGAAAAUAGCGAGGCAAUAUCCCUUGCAGCUGUCAAGCUUGAAAGGGAGAACAAUGAGUUUGAGCGUGCUAGGAAGCUCCUUAAACGCACCCGACAGAACAUUAACACUGCCAACGUCUGGAUGCAGUCCAUACAGCUAGAGCGGCAACUUGGUGACUACGACGCUGCAAUCGCCUUGGCAGAUGAGGCUGUCAAACAGCACCAGACCUUUGCUAAGUUAUGGAUGGUUCGAGGUCAACUGCAUGAAGAACACCCAACGCAAAGGGACUUGGCUAGAGCUAUUGAUGUGUUCCGGGAAGGCACUGUGUGUUGCCCACGCAGCGUACCACUAUGGUUGUGCUGGGUCAAUUGUGAGAGAAGCCAAAAGAACUGGAACAGAGCGCGUGCCGUGCUGGAAAAGGCCAAGCUCCGCGUCCCAAACAGUCCUGAGCUUUGGCUGGCGCUCGUACAAAUCGAGAUCGAGUCGGGUAACCGAGAAGUUGCACAGCACGUAGCAGCAAAGGCCAUUCAGGCAUGCCCUAACGCGGGUAUUAUUUGGGCGGAGGCGAUAUUCCUCGAAGAAGAAAAUGCGCAAACGCAUAGGGCAGUCGAUGCUCUAACAAAGUGCGAGAACGACGUCAACGUAAUUCAUGCUGUUGCGCGUCUGUUUUGGAGGGAUAAGAAAAUUGCGAAAGCUCGGAAGUGGAUGAAUCGCAGCGUCACCCUUGACCCCUCACUAGGUGACGCAUGGGCCUCAUAUUUGGCAUUUGAGCUCGAAAAUGGCGGUGAAAAAGAAUGUAUCGAUAUUAUCAACCGUUGUGCUCUUGCACAACCAAAUAGAGGCCUUGCGUGGAACAAGACUACGAAACAAGUCAGAUGCUGGUCUUUAUCGUUGCCGCAGAAACUCUGUGCAGUUCUGGAGUACAUGUAUCCAGACGCGUUGAAGAAAGAGGGAAUUUCAAAAGACCUAAACAGUAGCAUUCCUGUGACUUGCAUUUAUUACGUUGCAGUGGUACUAGAUGCACUGCACGGGAAGUUACAAGAUGACCAGCAAAGUGUGGGACCUACGGAUCCUGCUACUUCGGUGGUACCCCGUCCAGUGUCCAGCUCUAAGCCAACCAGUGGGCGAAGUGGACAGAGCGACAAGAGCGACAACGCUACUAAAGACCAGCCAGCACACAGCACCUCCCAAGCCCACGGUUCCUCCGAAGCACACGGACGGGGCAAGCCAGAGGUAGAUCCACCCCCUGCAAAGCGGCCGCGCAGCUCCGCUGCGGAAGAGUCCGGUGGGUCCACGCGCCAGUAA